CCAGAACCUUGAUCGUCAGAUUACGCUUCCUCAUCAAUCCGAUAUAUUGUCAAUUUCAAACCCUAACGCGCUGCUCAGGAAGCUAGGGUUUUGCGGACUACUACCGACCGCUGAAAUUCAGACCCAGCGUUCGAUUCCUAAAUUAUUCGGCUCACCCCAAAACAUGGCUACCCAGAUUAGCAAGAAGCGGAAGUUCGUGGCCGACGGAGUCUUCUUCGCGGAGCUUAAUGAGGUGCUGACCAGAGAGCUCGCCGAAGACGGGUACUCGGGUGUCGAAGUUAGGGUCACGCCUAUGCGCACUGAGAUUAUCAUUAGGGCCACCCGUACACAGAAUGUCCUUGGUGAAAAGGGAAGAAGGAUUAGGGAGCUGACUUCUGUUGUUCAGAAACGGUUCAAGUUCCCAGAGAACAGUGUGGAGCUGUAUGCUGAGAAAGUUAACAACAGGGGACUCUGUGCCAUUGCUCAGGCUGAAUCUCUCCGCUACAAACUUCUUGGUGGCCUUGCUGUUCGGAGGGCUUGCUAUGGUGUUCUGAGAUUUGUCAUGGAGAAUGGGGCGAAGGGAUGUGAGGUAAUUGUGAGUGGAAAGCUCCGGGCUCAGCGUGCCAAGUCAAUGAAGUUUAAGGAUGGUUACAUGAUAUCCUCUGGUCAACCUGUCAAAGAAUACAUCGAUUCGGCUGUGAGACAUGUUCUUCUUAGACAGGGUGUACUCGGUAUCAAGGUGAAGAUCAUGCUUGACUGGGAUCCUAAGGGGAAGGUGGGGCCAACUACACCAUUGCCGGAUCUCGUCACCAUCCACACUCCCAAGGAAGAAGAGUACAACCCCAUUGUGGUGACAACGCCUGUGGAGAUUCCAGUUGCUUAAAACCAGAGUUGGGAUGUUUCCUCACACCUUUCUUGUAGAACCUAAUCUUUUUGUUCUUUUCUAUUUUCAGAGUACGAGGAUACUUGAUUCUUUGAAGAAGCUUCUUUCCAGGGUUUUCAUAUUUUAGAUUAUGUUAGACCUUAAUUUUGUGUUACUGGACGGGGAAUGAAUCUUGUUAAUUGAUUUUUCAUGCUGGUUAACGUUAUUAUUAUCAUUUGGGUUUUGCCAUGU